AUGAUUAAACCAUCUUUAGAUAUCUUUCUUUUGUUUUCUUUCUGCUUGCUCAUAGCAGCAAAAUUGGCUGUCCCAUUCGAAGAAAAAACAAAAGAUGAAAUGAUAAAGUGCGCUACAGAAGUGGCUAAUGCUAAUUUCAAUGUCAGAAAACACACUGUUUUAUUAUCAAAUGAAGUUGAGAAUCAAGUGUCUGACAAAUUCUUGAAAUCAUUUAAAGGUACUGUUGUUAUAGAGACGAAGAGAGAUGAUGCACCGCCGAGACAUGUAGUAGUCGUUAUAGAAUCGUACAUCUCUUUUAUAAGGAUUCUUAAUGUUAUGAAGCCGGAUCUAAAAGGCAAAACUGUUCUGACCAGCGGAGCUAAGUUUCUUAUCAUCUUACUCGAUCCAGUAAAACUUGAACGGAUCACCGCCAUAAUGUGGAGUUUCAACGCUGUAAAUGUCCUCAUCAUUACAAAGGAUGGAGAUAAAAUCGGUUUGUACACGUAUUAUCCGUAUCGUAACCACACGCAUUGCCACGAAACAGAACCUGUUCUCAUGCGACAUUGGAAUAAAAACGCAUCUCUAAAAUUCAAAGCUUACCCUAACAAGAUGAAGAAUAUGCACAAGUGCCCCCUUUACGUAUCAACGAAUAAGCUAUAUCAUCCCACAACAGAAAAACUGGUUCCUUUACAAAUGAUUAAAAAGACGAUCGUGAAACUCCUGAGAGACCAAAUGAAUUUUACUCCAAUGACUUUAAUGAGCGACUACGUCAGCAUAGACUCUGAUCGUGCUAAGAACUGGUCGGAUUCCCUAAAUGACGUCAUCACUGGCCUUGCGAAUAUCUCAACCUGCAGCAUUCCUCUUGGGUAUGACCGGUUGGGGCUUCUAGAUUAUUCGACGCCCUAUUUUCGUGUGCGUCUCUCUUGGUUAGCCCCGCCUAUAGGCCCAGGGCCAGUAUGGUGGCGACUGUUCACACCUUUGAACAGCUAUCUGUGGCUGGUAUUGCUCUGUAUCGUAUUUUUUGUAACUUCUCUUCCAUUUACGCUGAAGUUACGACGAGUGAAAAAGUUCUGCUACAAACAUUUUAAAAACGUUCACAAAAUACAGGGAGCUGCUUUUAGAACCUGGGGAGUAAUGCUGGGACAACCUAUUCGCGUGGCUCCGAGAUGUUUCCGGGAUUUCUACAUCAUCAGCCUAUGGAUAUGGUUUACAUUUGUAGUAAGGAGUGCUUACCAAAGUGUCUUGAUUGGAGCCUUGAAAACUGAUCCUAUUCUGGGUAACUUUGCAAAUUUAAAGGAGACUGUUGAAUAUGGGUACAAAUUUGGUGGACGAGGAGGAAUACUGUCUCAUUUUGAAUUCGAUCCCUAUAUAAGCGAACAUUUUGAGGUCAUACCAGAAGCUAGUUUUGAGCAAGUAUUCACCGAUAUCGUUGAGGGUCGGAAGGAGUUUGUUUUGGCUACAUCUGUUGAGUAUGCUUGGGCUAAUUGUUUAGCAAAGGGUAAGAAAGAGCACGAAUGCGGUCAUAUUCUUCCAGAUUCAAUACUAACGGUACCUUUAGUCAUUUGGAUGAAGACGAGUUCCCCAUUCGUUCUUCCACUUUCGAUCUGGCUUCCAAGGUUCAUAGAGAGUGGUUUGCUGGAUCGGGAAACAUCGAAAAAGCCCUAUACUUCAUUGACUAAGCUGUCUCCCGACCCGACACCGUUGACGGACCAUCAGAUCCUGAGUUGCAUGCUCUGCCUCCUGAUUGGCUAUGCCGUGUCCAUGGCAGUGUUUGUCAUGGAGAUAUUGAGGCCCAAAACCGCGGUUAUUAAGCGACAUAUUGUAGUCAAGCGCACAUUGAUAACUGACAAAAUUGUUGGUCAUCGUAAUCACAGGUUUGUUCACUAA